AUGGGUCGUUUCAAACCAGUUAUCAAAGCACAAGUCAUCCCGCCCGUGACAAACACGUCUUCUAAGAAUGAUGAUAUUACAAAAGCAUCUCCUUCGACACAAACAAAUAUCAACGAUAACUCAUCAAGUGUAACUCCAACAGUAGUUAAUGUGUCAACUCAAAAAGGUCAAAAGAAUCAAAAGAUAUCUGAUGGACAAGAAGUAAAAAAGGUAAUUACGCCACGUAAAAAAAAAACAAAUAAUAACAACACAAUUCCAAAGAACAAGAAACCAAGCAAGGUAUCAAAUCUGGAGCCAAAUAUGGUAAUUCCAGCGCCGGAGGGAUCAACGGUUACAUCCGCACCAAAACCAAACGUUAAACCUAUGAGAAAACGAAAGAGCAAAAAUAGCAAAAAUAAUGAUACUUCACAGAGCGAGGCGAAUAAUAAUGAAGGUGAAAGCAAACCCAAACGAGCCAGAAAAGCUAAAGAUCCAAACGCACCAAAGAGACCUCCGAAUGCGUAUUUACAAUUUACCUUGGCAAAAAGGACAGAAUUGAAACAACAGAAUCCAAAGAUGAGUCCAAAAGAGAUAACAAUAAUGCUUGGCGAAGCGUGGAGAAAUUUGUCUGAAACAGAAAAGAAGCCGUACUAUGAUCUCGUGACACAAGCUCUCGCGCAGUGGCAAGAAGAUACGAAGGCUUAUCAAGCCUUGAAUAAUGUAGGAUUUACACAAGAAACGACACAAGCGAGCGAAAUUUAUUCCUCCUCGGGAGUAUUAGUUCAAGAUAACGUACAGCAAAACGGUUUGAACACGCAAUUAAUUCCUGACAAUAACUUGCCCGUGAUCGUUUCAAGUCAUAAUACGACGGACGGAUUAUAUCAACUUCAAGAAUUUCAAGCGAACACGACCAAUUCAACUUGUGUAUCUUAUACCGAUUACAAUUCAUACGGACAAAAAGAUACGAUGGAGGCUUUGUUGGAUAUGCCUGAUAACUCUCAAACAUAUGGCUAUCAUUCGGAUAUGAAUGAAACUCAUCUAUAUACGGAUAACAAUAUAAAUCCAAGGUUUUCACUUCCAACCAUGAUUCCUAUCAAAGUGAACAUAGAUUUACUUUUGUGCCAACCAUUUGAUCCUACUGGCACCAAUCAGAGAUUGGAAUCGAACGCGAAAUCUGUUGAUGAAAAUCCUGUCAUUCAGAAACAAGAAAAACCUGAUACAAAUAAUAUGCUCCUUUGCCAACCAUUUGAACCUUCCGAGAUUAGUAAUGUUGUUCCGGAUAAUGAUAAUACAUGGUUACAAGAUGAGGAUCAACAUCAACAAACACAAAAUGAUUACUCUGAAUCAAUAAUUUAUCCACGAUUCACUUCUCAUGAAAUAUCUGAACGAGAUUCUCAUCUGAUUCAUCAAGGAACAUUGCAAGAAAUUCCUCAACAUGUUGAAAUGUAUCAACAUCAGGUACAGCAGUCGUUAUGUCGACAUAAUCCUGAACCCACAAACGAAAUGAAUCAAUCCACUCAUUCAAUACAAUACUUAACCCAUGGCGAUGCACGAACAAACGAUAUCUCAUUCGAUGUCCGAACAAAUCCUGCUACCAUCAUUAUGACUAACUUAUAA